GUUUAAAGCUGAUAACAGAGGCUCACGUGGACACGUGGUUUUGUAACACUGACCGAGCGCUCCAUGCAGACAAACAUAAGUAACCUGAAGAUUUUCAAACAUGGUUUCAAAGAAUGAUCCCAGCCCAUUUGGCAGAUCAUACCACCAUAUGGGAGGCAAAGGGUCCAUGCGCCUGGUCAGAGUCGGGUCCAGAAGCUUCCCAGUUUAUUCACUAGUUAUUGUGUGUUUAGUCUUGCUGAACGUUAUUUUGUUGUUAACAGCUGUCGUAGUCGGGAUUAACUGUGAAAGCAUCACGGAUUUCCCCCAAAACGACCUUAUGCCGCAAGUACUCAAGACAGAGGUGGAGCAGCUUCGAAGAGUAAUGAGUGAAACUGCUCAAGAUGGACAAACCCAACAAGAUUUUGUCAAAGAGCACAUGAGCAAUCAGCAAAUAAAGCUGCAGCUAGAGUCCAACAAGACUCACAACGAUGAACUGCAAAAGCAGCUUGAACUCCUUCAGGCAGAGAGAGCAGCGCUGCAGUCAAACACAUCGGAUAUAGUGGAAAGCUGUGGAUUAUGCAUGCCAGGAUGGUUUUUGUCAAACACAUCAUGCUACUUUUAUGGGAAGCGACAAUUCAACAAAGGGAUAAACUGGACCACCAGCAGAGAAGACUGCAUCCGCCGUGGGGCUGACCUCGCUGUUUUCGACACGGUUGAGGAACAUAUAAUGGUUUUUGAGCGCUUACCCAAAGUGAAGUGGGGAACAUAUCUGUGGGGAAUUGGAGGACUGUGGAUUGGCCUCACAGAUCAUCAGAGAGAAGGCACUUGGAAGUGGAUCAAUAACGCGACUCUGAACUACACGAGGUUUUGGAUGGACGGAGAGCCAAACAAUCAUUGGUCUGCCGAGCACUGCGUUGGUCUUAUGAACACAGACAAAGGUUUAAAGUCAUUGUUUGACGCAAGAUGUGAAUCACAUCGUGAAUAUCUGUGUGAAAAGAAGCUAAGCUAACGUUGCUUGCUAAAAACAAACCUCACAUUAUUUUACAUUAUGCAUCAUACUAGAAAAAAGCUGAAAAACAUCCUGUACGCUUAUAUGGAAAUGAGAAAAUAUAAUCUGUUGCAGUUUUUGUCUAUUUUGAUGAGUAUUUUUGAAUAAUUUUGACUGCCUGUGUUCUUAUUGAACCUAGUUGAGCCUUUUGUAGCACGUUCAUGUUUUCAUGCAAAGUAUACCAAUUACAAAUAAUACACAAAAAGACAAAGAAAAUGUAAUUUCAUGUAAAUAUUCAAUCUAUAUUAUAGGUUUGCUUCUGUGAUUUAAUUGUGAACAAUAUUGUAUAACCUAGUGAGGAAAUAAUACAACAAUCCUUUGAGUAACACACAAAAAAUGCCAAAUCUUUCAAUAAAGCUUACCACUAGUUCAUGUAAAUUCAUUCUUUUAUGCCAAUGUAAUUGCAACUAAAUGUUCUUUCCAUUGUCAUUGCAUUUAUAUUAAAGAAUUGAAAUACACACUUGUGAAAAAUAAAGCAGCUAGACUCAUUAGCUUGGGUUUGUGAGGUGCUAUAAGCUAGCAGGCGAGAGUAUAAAAAAAUGGCUGAUUGGAUAUUAGUAGAGCUAACUUCUGUGCCAAUAACCCCAUACACAAUCCAGAUGAAAAUUUCUAAUAAACUCCUGCCAUUCUGGAGAAAAUGAGUCUAAAAAAAUGAGAAGUUUUCUGAUUAGGGGUAAUAACAAGAUAAUCAUGAUUAAAAGACCACUGGAAACAAUUUAACAAUAGAAAAACAUGUAGUUUGCAGUGGGACUUUAAAUAAUAAUUCAUUAUCCUUCCAGAAAAAAUAAAAUAAAAUACAGACUUUUGAAGCAGGGAGAGAUUAAGCGUUAAAGCUUGGUCCUACAUUCAAAUUAUACACACGAAAA